GGAGCUUCUUUUAUGGCGGUUUCUCUCCCAUGAGAGAUGAAUUUUUGAUCCGAUGUUGGUGAAAACCUUGAGGGAUUUGGGCAAUGGGAGGAGGAGGAGAAGGUGCUGCAGCUGCUGAAGGUGGUAGUGCUUCAAGGGAGCUUGAUCAGACUCCCACUUGGGCUGUUGCUUCUGUUUGUGCUGUUAUCAUCCUCAUUUCCAUUUUACUGGAGAAGGCCCUCCAUCACAUUGGAGAGUGGUUUACAAAGAGACGGAAGAAGCCACUAUUUGAAGCUCUUGAAAAGGUUAAAGCCGAGUUGAUGAUUCUCGGGUUCAUCUCAUUACUAAUGACAUUUGGACAGAGCUACAUUACCAAAAUAUGUAUAUCACAUGCUGCUGCUGAUACAAUGCUGCCAUGCCGCUUGAAGAAGGAAACAAUUGACACGGAAGGGGAUGAAAGCCAUGAUGUGGCACACCAUCAUAGAUUAUUAUCAGAUACAGUGGUGGAUUUAGGUGUUAAGCGUAGAGUUUUAAUGCGUGGUGAAACAGGUUCUUCAUGUCCCAAAGGGAAGGUGUCUUUAAUUUCCAUGAAUGGGCUGCAUCAGUUGCAUAUAUUCAUCUUUUUCUUAGCUGUUUUUCAUGUGAUGUACAGUGCCAUUACAAUGGCCCUUGGAAGGGCUAAGAUCCGUGGUUGGAAAAUGUGGGAAAGAGAUGCUUCAUCAUCUGAUGGUGAAUUCUCCAAUGAUCCUUCAAAAUUCAGAUUUUCUCAUGAGACAUCAUUUGUGAAACAACAUACAAGUUACUUGAAUAAGGUUCCAGUCUCAUUCUAUGCUGUGAGCUUCUUCCGCCAAUUUUUUAGAUCAGUUCGAAAGGCUGAUUACCUGGCCUUGCGUCAUGGAUUCAUCACUACUCACUUAGCCCCUGGAAUUAGCUUUAACUUCCAGAAGUAUAUUAAAAGGUCUUUGGAAGAUGAUUUCAAAGUAGUUGUUGGGAUCAGCCCUGAAUUAUGGACUUCUGCCUUGAUAUUUUUGUUGCUUAAUAUUCAUGGUUGGCAGACAUUAUUCUGGAUAUCUAUCAUACCGCUAUUUACAAUAUUGGCAGUUGGAACCAAGCUUCAGGCUAUCAUCUCUAGGAUGGCCAUUGAGAUCAAAGAACGGCAUGCGGUAAUUCAAGGAAUUCCUUUGGUGCAACUCAGUGAUCACCAUUUCUGGUUUGGCCGUCCACAUUUAGUCCUGUUUCUCAUUCAUUUAUCACUUUUUCAGAACACUUUCCAAAUAAUAUAUUUUCUUUGGAUAUGGUAUGAAUUUGGAUUGAACUCUUGCUUCCAUAACAAUUUUAAGCUCCUUGUUGCAAGAGUUAUUACAGGAGUGGCAGUUCAGUGUUUGUGUAGCUACAUCACACUUCCACUUUAUGCUCUUGUAUCUCAGAUGGGAUCACAUAUGAAAAAAUCCAUAUUUGAUGAGCAAACAUCAAAGGCUCUAAUGAAAUGGCGUCAAGCAGUGAAGAAGAAACAAGGGAAGGGACCGAAUAAAUCCCCAUCAGGUUCCCCUACUACUAGUCCAAGAGAAGGAAGCCCGAAGGCCACACAAAUGAACCAACUUCAUUGAUUCAAGUCUAUUGGAAAUGCCGGUGUUAAUCCAAUGCCUUCCCGGAGGAAAUGCCAUCCAGAGCAAGACUCAUUAUCAGAUACUGAAACUGAUGCUCCAUCUGCAGCAGCAGCAGCCACUGCUGUCGCCGUUGCUAAUCUCAGUAACACCGAUCUAUUAACUGGAUCGGAUGAAUACCAUUUACCGUUGGAGAAAUAGUUUCACUUUGCAGGAAAAGGAAUAUUGUCAAAAUGCAUGAUGUAUCAUAUCAUGUUGCAUAAUGCAGCACAUUGUGAGCUUUAUGUUGUUUGUCUGUGUUUUCAUUGUUUUUGACAGCAGAAUGAAGGUUAUGUUGUGUUCAUUGCAUUUUUUUUUGUUAUAUACAUUAUACUUCACAAUUUGAGUGAU